AUGGUUUCCAGUCACAUACAGUUUUAUUUUUUAAGAUCCACGAUCAAUGGAUGUAAACUACACGGUGGUACCAGAACAAAUACAUUGCUCUCUAAUCGUCCUCAAAAACCCAUUGAGAUGCAUUUGAAAGCCAUCCCACCAUUGCCAUCAUCAGAGCUUUCUUCUCCAGAUCCUACCGAUGUUGAUCUACCGGUCACAACUACUUCAAACGUUUCCGCCAUAACAUCACCAAUCCCCAACAUCGAAACACUAGCACAACAUCGUUCUCGUAUCUAA